AUGGCCCACAAUUUCCACAACCGCUUCGCUCCAAGCAGCAAAGAUACUUCCCCACCCUCACCUCCACCUGCGCAACAAUCAUCCGGCACCUCCUCUGUGCCACAAGGCUCAUCCGCUUUCGACUUUGACUUUGGCGAAUUCAACUCCUUUGGCCAGACGGACCACUUUGCUUCCUUUGCCAAUCGCGGUGAUGCAGCCGUUGCAGGCGCUGCUGGCACACACACAUCCGCAGCUCCACCCUCGUCCAGCGCGGCAGCGUAUGGAGUUGUGAGCAGCGGUGGCACUGGCGCUGGUGCUGGUAUUGGUGGCCCGCCAUCAGUCACAUCCCACACGCCGUCAGACAGCCUAAACAGCACACACACAGCUCAAUCCAUCUCUGCCAGCCCAGAUGUCGCGCAUCUCGAAGCUGCAGUGGCUCAACAGGAACGCCAGCACAGGCAGAGGGAGCAACCAUAUCAGAAGUCUCAGCCGCAGUCGGAUCUGGACAGGACCUACUCUUCUGCCAGCAUGUAUGCGCAACAGCAACAGCAGCAGCAGCAGCAGCAGCAGCAGCAGCAGCAGCAGCAGCGCCCACCCCAGAAUAAUCAUCAACCUUCUCCUGCUCCUCGCGCUUCCAUGCAAUCCAGCCACAGCGGUAGCAGCGCACCUCUCCCUGCUCCCAGCGGCUUGCCAAGGCCGCCAGCAAUGCAGCAGCAAGCAGAGCCUCGCUCCAGCGCGAGCAUCUACUCCAACCCGCACGAAAGCCUGCAUGACGCGCCCACAUCGCCAAUCCAGUCUUCUCAACCACCUGCACCCGACUUUGCCUUUCCUCGACACCCAGCAGGCCGCGAAAGUCCGCCUGUGCAGGGUAUGCAGGGAAUGUCUAUCAACAAUAGCAGCGCGCGCGCCCCUCCCCCUGCAGAGCGCGAAAGACCAAGCAGCUUCUUUGGCAUGGAACGACCCACGGCCGCUAUCAAUGCCGCAGGUCAGAGGGAAGCCUUGCCCCAACCCAUCGUUCCAGCUGCGGCGCCUUCCUACAGAGACGGCGCGGAGAGCACAAUGACCGGCGGGCGACCAUCCUCCUUCUUUGGCGUGGAAGCUCCAGCUCACGCGUUCUCCGCUGGAGUCAAUCAUGGCGCAUCCACACCCAUCGACCAGCCAAGCGCGAACAGUCAGGCCGCUCGAAUCGCGGCCUACCAUCGUGGAGAGUCUGUGAAACAAGCACAAGCUCAGGCAGAUGCUGCUUCCAACCCCGCUCUGGCCUCUGCCGGCGUAUCCAUUGACGGCGUCUCUGCUGCUGGCUACAAUGGCGCAAUGUCGAACCACAGCACGCUCGCAGGAGGAACUGGAAAUGGACCAAUGCCAAGCAAUGCCGCAUCUGGCAGACCUGCCAGUAUCGCUCCUACCGUCUCCACUGGCGCUUUACUGGAUCACAGCCAUCUUCGUCCCGGUCAACAAGCUGCGCUUCUCUCACACAACAAGACGCUCGAGCUGUACAGGCAGAAUGCCAAGAAGACCAACGAUCCAAACCUGAUCUACGAGUUGGCAGUGUUCAUGAUUGACGCAAGCAAGAGCAUGGGCAGCGAUGCCUCCAGCGGUGGCAGUGGUGGUGGCAAUGGUGAGGAUGGCGCGGCGCAAGGCAAGGAGGAGAGCGCUCGCGAUGAGCUCAUUCGUGAAGCCGUCGGGCUACUGAAAAAGAUUGCCGAGCGUGGUCAUGCAGACGCGCAGUACUUUCUAGCCGAUUGCUACGCCAACGGCAUUGGCAGUCCAAAGGGCAAGCAAGACUUUGAUCACGCAUAUCCGCUCUUCGUCUUGGCUGCGAAGCACGGCCAUGCAGACGCAGCGUACCGCGCAGGCACGUGCUACGAAAAAGGCUGGGGAUGCCGGAAAGACGCUAGCAAGGCGGUGCAAUUCUACCGAAAGGCAGCUUCACAGUCUCACCCUGGCGCCAUGUAUCGCCUGGCGACGGCGCAGCUGAAUGGCGAGCUCGGCCUCAAGAAGAGCGCGAGGGAGGGUGUCAAGUGGCUGAAGAGGUCCGCAGAGUCUGCCACACCAGAAUUUCCACACGCUCUGCACGAGCUGGCCCUGCUGCACGAGAGGGGAAUCGAGAACACGGUGUUUGUGGACCCAGAAUACUCUUGCGAGCUGUUGGCUCAGGCGGGGGAGAUGGGCUACGCCCCAUCUGCAUACAAGCUGGGCGUCAAUUACGAAUAUGGACGCAUGGGCUGCCCUCAAGAUGCUGGUCUCAGCAUUCACAUGUACAAUAUCGCCGCACAACAAAAUCACAAAGAGGCGUGCUUUGCCCUCACUGCGUGGUACCUCGUAGGAGCACCCGGCAUUCUGCCUCAGAGCGACACCGAGGCAUACUUGUGGGCCAAGAAGGCGGCUGAGCAAGGUCUGGCCAAAGCAGAGUACGCAGUGGGCUACUUUACAGAGAUGGGCAUAGGAACAGUCAAAGAUCCACGCGAGGCACGCGCUUGGUACCGCGCCGCUUCGGAGCACGGAGACAAGCGUGCAACGCAAAGGAUGAUUCAACUUGGCGGUAAUCCAGACGCAGCGCUUGCAGGCGUGGGCGCAGGCGGGGGAGGUGGUCCACAAGGGCCUAUUCCGCUGGGCGUCUCGACGUAUGCCGGUGGGCAGAGUGCGCCGAUACGACACACGCAGCCUCCCAAUGCGCCCUUUCCCUCUGCUGUAGAGCAGAGCAGCAUGUCGCCAAUUCAAGGCCCCGGAUCGUACCCUUCGCCACUAGCAAUGCGCGAAGCACAGACAUCGGCACGAGCGCAGGCAUACGAAGCUCAAGUCGCAGCUGUGCAAGCUGGCAGAUCGAGCAGGCAGCAGUCUAUGAUGCCACCUCCACCCAUCACGAAUUCUUCGAGCGGAGGUGGAGGACCUCCUCAUAGAAAUGCCGCACCGAUGCAAACUCCCCACGAGUAUCAAGGAUCUCCGCUGGCUGGUGGAGCCUACCCUUCGUAUCCUGCACCUCAGGCCGCAGCUCCAGCUGGCGCCGCAGAAAAGAAGAAGAGCUGGUUUGGCAAGCACUGA